AUGUCCGCGGAGAACGUGGGGCGGGGACCCGGGCCGGACCCGCCGCCGCGACCCAGGCCCAAGCUUGGGUCAGGGUCGGGGCCGGGGGCGGGACCUGAACCCGAGUCCGAGCCCGGACCCCUUUGCCCUGAGCACUGCCAGGCUCUGAGCUGGUUCUGUAGCUCCGAGCGACGCCCGGUGUGCGCCGCCUGCGUGGGGCUGGGUGGCCGCUGCAGAGGGCACCGCACCCGGCGGGCGGAAGAACGCGCGGAGGAGCUACGGAACAAGAUUGUGGACCAGUGUGAGCGGCUGCAGUUACAGAGUGCUGGUAUCAGCAAGUAUGUGGCUGAAGUCCUGCCAGAAAAGAACCAGAGAGCAGUGAGCAUGGCCAGCACAGCUCGGGAACUGGUCAUCCAGAGACUGGGUCUCGUGAGGAGUCUGUGUGAGAGUGAGGAGCAGCGUCUGCUGGAACAGGUGCAUGGUGAAGAGGAGCGGGCUCACCAGAGCAUCCUGACGCAGCGGGCACACUGGUCCCAGGCACUGCAGAAGCUUGACACCAUCCGCACCAGCCUGGUGGACAUGCUUACUCACUUGGAUGACCUGCAGCUGAUUCAGAAGGAGCAGGAGAUUUUUGAGAGGACCGAGGAAGCAGAGGGCAUUUUGGAUCCCCAGGAGUCGGAGAAGUUAAACUUUAAUGAGAAGUGUACUUGGAGCCCACUACUGACCCAACUCUGGGCAACAGCGGUUCUUGGGUCCCUCUCAGGUACCGAGGAUGUGCGUAUUGACGAGAGGACGGUCAGCCCCUUCCUGCAAUUGUCAGAUGACCGAAGGACCCUGACCUUCAACGCUAAGAAGUCCAAGACCUGCACAGACGGCCCGGAGCGCUUUGACCACUGGCCCAACGCCCUGGCGGCCACCUCUUUCCAGGCCGGGCUGCAUGCCUGGGUGGUGAACGUCCAGAACAGUUGUGCCUAUAAGGUGGGCGUGGCCUCAGGCCAGCUGCCCAGAAAGGGCUCCGGCAGUGACUCCCGUUUGGGCCACAACGCCUUUUCCUGGGUCUUCUCCCGCUACGACCAGGAAUUCCGUUUCUGGCACGAUGGGCAGCACGAGUCCCUCGGGCUGUUGUGCUGCCCGGCCCAGCUGGGCGUGCUGCUGGACCUGCAGGCUCAGGAGCUGCUGUUUUACGAGCCGGUCUCGGGCACCGUGCUGCACACUCACCACGCCUCCUUCCCCGUGCCCCUCUUCCCGGUCUUUGCUGUGGCGGACCAGGCCAUUACCAUUGGCCACUGACCUUUGGCCCCAGGGAGCUGGGUCUACCUGCCCCACACUCUUCCAUUUCUAUCCAGGGGCUGUUUCUUGGCUGUUGCCUGGGCUUAAGGGGCAGCACCGGAAGGGGUGGGGAUGUUUCAGAUCUGGGUUCAGUUGCUGAACAUUAGGCAUCUCCCGGGCAGGGGACCUGCUGCUCCCUGGGCCUUAGUCUUCCAACCCCACUGUGCACCUGCCCCUCUGAAGGUGUCCUACUCACUACUUUGUCGCCAACAUGGUGUCCAGCGCAUAGUGAGUAUGCAAUAGGUACUUGGUGAGUGAGCUGAUGGAGGGAGGGGUGGAUGGAUCUAUAGUGACUGGUAUCCAGGUUACUGGGUACAUGUAGUAGAUUCUUCUGGAGAAGCGCUGCCUUUCAGCUUCCUGCUCACCAAUGUGUAGAAAUGAUUCCCUGGCAGGCAAGCCUGUAUCUGAAGCUCUCUGAUCUCAAUUCAGUGCUUCUCACACCUUUUUGACAUGGGCACAUAAAGGAAAUAUUUUUCUAGACUACAAGGCCAACCAUGGAAGGAAUUCAGAACUCCUGCCAGGCUGCUCAUCCCCUAGCUCCUACCUAGCCCCAAGAGGGUCCCAUCUCCAGGCAGCCUGACAAUAGCACCACCACUGGCAGUUCUGCCUCAGACCUGGCAGUGACUCCAGCCUGCAGUCACCGUGGCAACAGGGCUUACUUCUCCCCUAGGUCACCGAUGAGGGCUUCUAGCUAGCAGCCCUGCUGGCAAAGCAGGGUGAGGGCUUCUGGUCAGAAGAGCUGAGGGAGUGGGAUCAGCCUUAGGGAUCAUGCACGUUAUUAAAGGUUUUGAAAG